CUAUGGCUUCCAUCUUGUCUGGCCCCCAGCUAUGCCGUGACUGUACAGGAGUCUUAUGCACACCCCUUCGAUCAGAUCUACUACACACGAUGCGCAGAUAUACUCAACUGGUUCAAGUGCACCCGGCACCGGAUCAGCUAUAAGACGGCGUACAGGCGUGGCCUCCGGACCAUGUACCGGCGGAGGUCCCAAUGCUGCCCUGGCUAUUAUGAGAAUGGAGACUUCUGCAUUCCCCUGUGCACGGAGGAGUGUAUGCAUGGCCGUUGUGUCUCCCCAGAUACCUGCCAUUGUGAACCUGGAUGGGGAGGCCCUGACUGUUCCAGCGGUUGUGACAGUGAGCACUGGGGUCCCCACUGCAGCAAUCGGUGUCAGUGUCAGAAUGGUGCCCUCUGCAACCCUAUCACCGGAGCCUGCGUGUGCGCCCCUGGCUUCCGAGGCUGGCGCUGUGAAGAACUCUGCGCACCCGGUACCCAUGGCAAGGGCUGCCAGCUGCCUUGUCAGUGCCACCACGGAGCCAGCUGCGAUCCGCGCACUGGCGAGUGCCUCUGCGCACCGGGCUACACUGGCGUCUACUGCGAGGAGCUGUGCCCCCCUGGGAGCCAUGGAGCUCACUGUGAACUACGCUGCCCCUGUCAAAAUGGCGGCACCUGCCACCACAUCACUGGAGAGUGUGCCUGCCCUCCAGGCUGGACGGGAGCAGUGUGUGCCCAGCCCUGCCCACCAGGGACAUUUGGCCAGAACUGUAGUCAGGAUUGUCCUUGCCACCAUGGAGGCCAGUGUGAUCAUGUGACUGGACAAUGCCACUGUACAGCUGGAUACAUGGGGGACAGGUGCCAAGAGGAAUGUCCCUUUGGAACUUUUGGUUUCCGGUGCUCUCAGCGCUGUGAUUGCCACAACGGAGGUCAAUGUUCACCGACCACAGGUGCCUGUGAGUGUGAACCUGGCUACAAGGGCCCUCGCUGCCAGGAGCGGCUAUGCCCCGAGGGCUUGCAUGGCCCAGGCUGCACCUUGCCCUGUCCCUGUGACACUGAGAACACUAUCAGCUGUCAUCCAGUCACCGGAGCUUGUACCUGCCAACCUGGCUGGUCAGGCCACUUCUGCAAUGAGUCCUGCCCUGCCGGCUACUAUGGCAACGGUUGCCAGCUGCCCUGCACCUGCCAGAAUGGCGCUGACUGCCACAGCAUCACUGGGGGCUGCACUUGUGCCCCAGGCUUCAUGGGAGAAGUGUGUGCCGUUCCCUGCGCUGCUGGGACCUAUGGUCCCAACUGCUCAUCUGUAUGCAGCUGUAGCAAUGGUGGCACCUGUUCCCCUGUGGAUGGCUCCUGCACUUGCCAAGAGGGGUGGCAGGGCCCGGACUGCUCCCUGCCAUGUCCCAGUGGGACAUGGGGCCUGAACUGCAAUGAGACUUGUGUCUGUGCCAAUGGGGCAGCCUGCAGCCCUUCUGACGGCUCCUGCGCCUGUACCCCAGGCUGGCUGGGGGACUCCUGUGAACUGCCCUGCCCAGCUGGCACGUUUGGGCUGAACUGUAGCGAGCGUUGCGAUUGCAGCCAUGCCGAUGGCUGUGACCCUGUCACAGGCCACUGCUGCUGCCUAGCAGGAUGGACAGGCAUCCGCUGUGACAGCACGUGCCCCCCGGGUCGCUGGGGCCCCAACUGCUCGGUGCCCUGCAGCUGUGAGAACGGAGGCUCCUGUUCCCCAGAGGAUGGGAGCUGCGAGUGUGCCCCUGGCUUCCGAGGACCCUUAUGUCAGAGAAUCUGCCCACCAGGGUUCUACGGCCAUGGCUGCACCCAGUCUUGUCCUCUCUGCGUGCACAGCAAUGGGCCCUGCCACCAUGUCAGUGGCAUCUGUGAGUGCCUGCCAGGAUUCUCUGGAGCCUUGUGCAACCAAGUGUGUGCUGGAGGGCACUUUGGGCAGGACUGUGCCCAGCUCUGUUCCUGUGCCAACAACGGGACCUGCAGCCCCAUCGAUGGCUCCUGUCAGUGCUUCCCUGGGUGGAUCGGCAAGGACUGCUCACAGGCCUGCCCAUCUGGGUUCUGGGGCUCUGCCUGCUUCCAUACAUGCAGCUGCCACAACGGGGCGAGCUGCAGCGCCGAGGAUGGGGCCUGCCACUGCACCCCUGGCUGGACUGGACUCUUCUGCACGCAGCGUUGCCCUGCAGCAUUUUUUGGGAAGGAUUGUGGGCACAUAUGCCAGUGUCAGAAUGGAGCCAACUGUGACCACAUCACUGGGAAAUGUACCUGUCGAACAGGCUUCACCGGGCGCCACUGUGAACAGAGAUGUGCCCCCGGAACCUUUGGAUAUGGGUGUCAGCAGCUAUGUGAGUGCAUGAACAAUGCCACUUGUGACCAUGUCACUGGUACCUGUUACUGCAGCCCCGGAUUCAAAGGAAUCAGGUGUGACCAAGCUGCCCUCAUGAUGGAUGAACUGAAUCCCUACACCAAGAUCAGUCCAGCUUUGGGAGCAGAGCGGCACUCAGUGGGUGCUGUCACGGGCAUCAUCCUCCUGUUGUUCCUGGUUGUGGUGUUGCUGGGCCUGUUUGCCUGGCGACGGAGGCGGCAGAAAGAAAAAGGCCGUGACUUGGCUCCUCGUGUCUCCUACACCCCAGCCAUGAGGAUGACCAGCACAGACUACUCUCUCUCAGAUUUGUCUCAAAGUAGCAGCCAUGCCCAGUGCUUUUCCAAUGCCAGCUACCACACACUGGCGUGCGGGGGGCCUGCCACCAGCCAGGCCAGCACUCUGGACAGGAACAGCCCCACCAAGCUCAGUAACAAGUCCCUUGACAGAGACACAACAGGCUGGACCCCCUACAGCUAUGUGAACGUGUUAGACUCCCAUUUCCAGAUCAGUGCCCUGGAGGCCAGGUACCCGCCCGAGGACUUCUACAUUGAACUUAGACACCUCAGCCGCCACAAUGAGCCACACUCACCAGGCACUUGUGGAAUGGACAGACGUCAGAACACAUACAUUAUGGACAAAGGCUUCAAAGAUUACAUGAAAGAAUCUGCGUGCAGUUCUAGUACUUGUUCCUUGAACAGCAGUGAAAACCCUUACGCUACAAUUAAGGAUCCGCCCAUCCUCACCUGCAAGCUUCCAGAAAGCAGCUAUGUAGAAAUGAAGUCACCUGUGCACAUGGGGUCUCCGUACACAGAUGUGCCAUCCUUGUCGACAUCUAAUAAAAAUAUAUAUGAAGUUGGUAGGUGUCUCACAUAAGUAACUUAGCAAAACCAGAGCAACAGUGCAGCAUCUCAAGUGAAAACUAACUCUCCUCCACUCACUCUCUCCACAACACACCCUUCUGUUUGGCUGCAUUUGAAGGAACCCAAGGAGGAACUCCAUCCCAGAACUUCCCUCUCCUCUAAUGCAGGAAAACAAAAUCUUUUGCCACUCUGCUUACAAAUUACAACUGAUAAGCAGUAGAAAUAGCAAGGUUGGGGAACCAGUAUACAAGACUUCAACUGAUUGUUGGUGCAAAUCCAAGUUUGAAAAAGAAAACCAUUAGAACUGUUGUUUACAAGUUUCCAAAUCAUUUCCUUACACCUCCCCUAUUCAACUGUGAUCCUAGAGGUACUCAUAAGACCCACACCUCUACGAUGUCCUAAAUCUCUUGUUGAACAGAGGCAGGGAUUCUGACCCUUGGGUUUUCUAUCUCUAGAGAAAGCCUGUCGUAAUCAUCAUGCAUUUGUCAGAUUUAUACAUCCAUAGUUCCCCUCCCCAACAAGUUAAAUAGAACUUUCAAAUCUCCCACCAAGGCAACAAAGCUAAUCUGUUCUCUGAACUCAUUUUUUACUAUAUUCCUUAGAGCCCACAGUCAGUGUGGUCCAAGAAGGCCGAGGUCAUAACUCUAGCUAUAUCCAGAAUCCAUACGACCUACCUAGGAACAGCCAUAUUCCUGGUCAUUAUGACCUCCUCCCAGUAAGACAGAGCCCUGCCCAUGGGCCCUCCCAGGACAAACAGUAAGAGAGAUAAACUUCUCUCUUAAGUGUGCUUUGCUGACUAUUCUCUGACUCUGAAAGAAGAAAUUCCGUGACUUGAAAUAUCAGUACAGAUUGAUCUGGAUUGAAAGAAGCACUUCCAAAUGGGAUUGGGGUAACUGUUCAAGGAGUCUGUUCACAAAGGCAAAUCAUAUCACCUUCAGCCCUAAGUGCCCUGGAUAUGAUUUUUAAAACAUUUAAGAUAUCGCUACUCAUCAACAUCAGCUAAAUUCAGAUAAAAGAUAUGUAUUUAAUAUUCUGAAGCAAUGCUUACAAUGCAUGUGGCUUAGGUUUUGCAAACUUUCUAGGAGAAGAAGGGGACUGGAGAAUGGAGAGGGGCACUUUAGAACACCUGAAACGUGUAUGUGCUGUUGAUUAUUGUUACCAUCAACAUCUGCUUCAGUAUCGAAGGGAACUGGUGCGUGGAUAUGAACUGUUCUAAUAUUAAUAGUAAAAUCUGUGUACAUAUAGGUAUGGUCCAUCAAAGUAUAACAGCCAUAAUCAGAGUUUAAAAUAUAGCAUACUUCUGACAAUUUGCAUUUUCAAAAACAAGAAUUUAAUAAAGACAGAGUCACUUUCUUCUGUCCCAUCAGUGAUAGGAGGCAAAACAGAAGUGGGGGAGAGUAAUUAUUUCAAAAGCGCAACAGUUUCAUUCAGUCUAGAAUGGUUUCUAUGCCUGCUUUACCAAAUCUUGUCAAGAAUAAUGAAGGCCAGUCCUGGCCUGGCUGCACUGCAUUAAUACGCCUAACAUCUGAGUCAUUCUGUGUGUACCAGAGAACUAAGCUGCUACUUUAAGAUAGUAGUCACAGGGCUGGGAAUGUAGCCCUGAGGAAAAACGCUUGGUGGUGAGUGGGGCCCUGGAGUAGAUCACCAGCAUCACAGAAAAGGUGUAGGCUGAUAAGAAUUAAGUUUCCCUAGAAACCAUCCAAAUGGCCCAUUCAGUUUAUUUAGUUGGAGUCCCUUGACUUGUUUUCAAGCAGUUCUUCAUAGAUGGCACUUGAUGUAACAUGGAACCUAAAAGUGUAGAAGAAAUUAUACAAAUAUGGGCAUGGCAAGCUUAAGUAGCUUAACAUACAUCAUGCUUUUUGAUGGAACUAAAUGAAAUAAAUGUUAAAAAAAAAAAAAGAUUUUAAAAGCCCAUCACCUACUGAAAUGGGCAAACAUGUAUUCCAGUAGUUGGUGCUUUAAACCUCUAUUCAGAUAAGUCAUAACUUCCUCUGCACGGUGUAAUGGCAGGUAAACCGAAGCAUGGACAAUUCUGAAUGUGGCUAAUCCCCAAUUCCUAUAGGACCCCUUCAUAAGAAUUAAGAACAAAAAAGGGCAAACUGGAAGUUAAUGGCCACCCCAAGCUCUUAAUGAGGAAUAAGGGUCUAGCCAAUGAAGAUUACCUAAACAGGGUUUACAGAAAUAAAACUGCAAAGCUGGAUGCUGCUACAGGAAGUGGGGUUGAUACUAACUAGAAGUCAGCUUGGAACCCCUUAGUUUGGGUAAGAAUUAGCAAAAGCAAGAAAAUAUAUAAGUAAAUCUCCCCGCUCACUUCACUCCAGGCAUAAGCCAAUCUUAGCAAUAGAGGAACAUGAAUGCUGCAUGUGUGCAUGGACGCGAGUGAUCAGCAAUAGUAAACUUCCCAAAAAGCCUUAUUAAAAUAGGAACACUAGAAAAUCACUUUGUAGACCUAAGUUAAUGUUUCUCAUACAUAUGUAUAAAGAAAUAGAGUUAAGAGACUCACCUCAGUAUUUCAGGGCCACAAGUGCUCAAUUAUCUUUGUGAAGCAAGGAUGAAGAAGCAAAAUCCAAUCAGCAAGGAGAAAUGGCAUCUCAAUCCCAGGCUUCAUCUUCUUCCCUUAUCCUGCAUGUACAAUAACUACUACCUGGCAAACUGCAAUCAUGCAAAUUCCAAGUCUCACUUCUCUCUUACCAACUACCCUCUGCACAAAAGUAUUGAGCAAGAGGUGAGAGACUGGAGCACCAAGUCAAGAGAUGCUGGCACCACUCUUGUUAAGUCACUUGCCCUCUUUGGGCUCUUUUAUUUCCCACACAUGAAAGAAGAGACACGUUAGUGGGAGGAGAGCUCUAACAACUCUCCAACUGUAGUACUCAACAACAUUUCAAGCAACGUAAGUAACUCAAACAGGCAAUACAGAGGAGGAGGGGAAGGGCAAAGAUGUGAUUAACUAUGGCGACAAGAGCAGCCUUCACAUAGCUAAGAGUUAGCACUAAGACAUUUCAGUCAUGCAGAGCUACUGUUAGAGAUUUCUAACAAUCACAAGUAAGUUUGCAGUCAGCCUAAACACGUGCACUGCACAUUCUAUCAAUGACUGGAAAGAUCUGCUCAAUUAUUUUUCAAAAUGAAAACUUCAAUCCAGUAAAUUAAUAUGUAUACAAGUCAGAAAAAUAAAGAACACAGUUACUGUACAAUAGUAUGAGAGACUAUGAAAUGGCAAUACUUUUUUUAAACCACAGAUUUGUAAUAUAUUUGUUCACUGUGCAGAGGGACUGUACCUCAAACAAAAUAAAAUGGAUUUCUCAAACUAACAAGAAUGCCUAUUGUUUUACACACUGAAAAUCU